AUGAAUAAGGAAGUGUGUGAAAAGUUCCAGGAGGUAAGGAACUCGAUUUCCGAUGAAUUGAAAGGUAAUGGAAUCCCUGAAUUUGGCGAUGAUGAUAUUUUAAAUAAUUAUUGUGAUAAUAAGAAAUGUCAAAGUGAUUUCGAUAAAAUAAGUGCUGGAUGUUUAUAUUUGUUGGAUCAAUUUUAUAAGGAUGGUGGUAUAUUAUCCCCUCCUGCAAGAAAUAACAUCAAUAUUGUUGGUUACAUUUCGAUAUGGUUAAGUUAUAUGUUAAACCUUGGCAAAAGUGAAGAAAAAGACAAUAUAGGUGAGUUUUAUAGUGAUUACAUAUAUCAUUAUGAUAAGUAUAAGACGGGAAUAAAUGAAUUAACUGAUUAUGAUAAUCAUAAGAAACUUUUAGAUAAAAAAAAUGAUGUGUUGAAUAUGGAUAGUAAAAUUGUACCUAAAUUUUAUAAAGCAUUUAAAUCGUUAUGUGAAAUGUAUACUGAAUAUGAUGAAAAUAAGGAAAAUUGCACAAACUAUUCGGAAAAAGCUAAAGAAUUUGUUGAACAAUAUGAAAAACUUUACGAGGAUUAUAAUAGCAAUAAUGACAGUUCAUAUAAACAAGUAUUGUGUACUUUAUCAACCGAUUAUGAUAAUUUAAUAAAGAAAUGUAAUGAUGCUCAGUGUUGCAAAUCUUCAUCUCUUCCAACGAUAGAAACAGAAAAAAUUCCUGAAAAUUGUUCUGAAGAAACUUCUGAAAAAACUUAUGGAACAGAAUAUGGACAAUAUUCUGGGGAAUUUCCUGAGGUUACAUUAUCAGAAUCAUCUCUAGUAAGUAAAUUAUUUAUAGUUUUAUCGAUAUUUGGUGCAAUAGCAAUUUUUUUAGGAAUUUCGUAUAAGUAUUCGUUAUUUGGAUUUCGGCAACGACUUCAAAAACAAAAAUUAAGAGAAAAAAUAAAAAAUAUAAAGAAGAGAAUAAAUCAUUAA